CAUGUCGUUUCUCAGAGUAGUUUUCGUUUAUAUCGUUUUCAAUAUUCAAUUAGAGUAUGGUUUUGGCUACAAAUGUGACGCUAUAACGGCUAGUUCUUGCACAAAAGAUCUCAAUAACGUUAUGUUAUCAUUUUCAAAAUUUACAAAUCCUAAAUUAAUUGAAGAGAAAUGCAGGGGUCAAAUAGUGAGAAUGCACGAAUCUAAAGCUUGUUUAAGAUCAAAUUUAAAGAAUUGCGAAGAUAAAUCAUUCUUGGAUCAACUGCAGAAAGCUGUUAAUAACAAGAGUCCACAAUGUCUUUCCGUUGACAAAUGUGGGAAAUAUGUGGAAAAAGCUAUGGAUCUCUAUCAAUGUUUCGUUUUCUUUUCGCACAAAUCAAUUUGUUCUAAAUUCGAAGAUGCUAUUUCCUGCGCUCUUCCUAUUAUAUCAUCGUGUCAAAUUUUGGGUCCGUUUGCCGCUUCAAUAUCAAAAAAAUUUCAAAAAGCCUUAAAGGGAACCUGUCCAAACGCUAAAAUACCUUCUGAAUUCUCCCUCAGUUCAAAGGUGUUUGAAAGAGAGCUCCUAACUUGUAAAGAUACCCUUAACCAUAAUAAUAAUAUAAAAAAAUGUCGUACUAAAUUCGAUGUUACAAUGAAAGAUGCCUAUCAGGAAAGUAACAAUUUGGAGUUUUAUUGUAUAGCCGCCUACGAGCUUAUUGAAUGUAUGUUUAACGAAGCUAUCGAUUGUCCAAUAAUGGAUAAAUAUUUGGAGAUAUCAACCUACAGUUAUAUGGUUUUAAUGAAACCGUUUUGCGGUAAUUUUACAAAUCCAACCGAAAAUGAAUGCAAUAUUUUAAGCGUUUCCGAAGCCUUAAGAGAAAUUUUAAAGGAAAAAAAUUCAUACGAAGAUGAUAAACCAAAAGGCGCCAGAGAGAUAUUGAAAUUAUCAAAUUUUGAAAUAUUUGACUUAUGCGGCCGUCUAACAAACGCCAAAACGAGAGAAUUCGGUAGAAAUCUAAACUUGGAAAAAUGCCCUAUUAGAGUUAAAAAAUUGGCGAAUUAUACUCAGGAAUACGUCGAUGUAACAUUGGGAUACUGUCGAUCAUUAGAAACUUGUUAUAAUCGAAAUAAAGAAAUUGAUUAUUUAGAGACCUGCAUAAAUGGUAUAGUAGUCAAUCAAACAACGGAUGGAGAUUAUUGUAAAGCUGUAGAAAUGGUUUUGGAUUGUUUAGCCGAGACAAAAUGUCAAGAAGUAGCCAAUUUUUAUAAAUUUAUCAAUAAAAUGGAAAUACAAUCGGGAAUAAGCAAAUGCUUCAACGACAGUAAAUUACAUACAAAGCUCCUCAUUAGCAUAUCUGAUAUAAGCCGUUGGUAUUAA